CCGAGUGAGCGAACGGGGUUCUAUUGUUUUGUUUCAUUUUGUUGUUAGUAAGCGCACCGCCCGUUCGGUUUGUUUCCAUUGUUUGUCCCAGUGCGCACCGUGUUCCCUUCCAGUGUGUGUUUGUGCUGUGCGCCGUAAGCGGAGGAUCCGGAAGAAUCCCGUUGAAAGAACUCCUUUCGUCCCCGCCGUUGCUGCUGCGAUCCUUGUGUUCUCGAGCACCGUGCAACGCUCCAUCUGCCCCAUUGCCCCGCGCUAGCUGGCCGGAAUGUCCCGUUACAACCAAACGCACGCAGGCUAUGCCCAAACCUUCAAGCUGGUCGUUGUGGGCGGUGGCGGUGUUGGCAAAUCGGCUAUCACCAUCCAAUUCAUACAGAGCUAUUUCGUAACCGAUUACGAUCCGACCAUCGAAGAUUCUUAUACCAAACAGUGCGUAAUCGAUGAUGUCCCGGCAAAACUCGACAUCCUCGACACGGCCGGCCAGGAAGAGUUCAGUGCGAUGCGCGAACAGUACAUGCGCUCUGGCGAGGGCUUUUUGCUCGUGUUCGCCGUGACGGAUCACGCGAGCUUCGACGAGAUUUACAAGUUCCACAAGCAGAUACUGCGGGUGAAGGAUCGCGACGAGUUCCCGAUGCUGAUGGUGGGCAACAAGUCCGACCUGGACCACCAGCGGGUCGUUUCGCUCGAGGAGGCGCAGCAGCUGAGCCGGCAGCUAAAGAUUCCGUACAUCGAGUGCAGCGCCAAGCUACGCAUCAAUGUUGACCAAGCGUUCCACGAGCUGGUCCGGGUGGUGCGAAAGUUUCAGCUCUCCGAGCGGCCACUGGUGGACGAGAAGGGGAAGCGAAAAAAUAGGCAAAAGUGUUGCAUCCUGUAGGCGAAACGGUGCACAUCUGAUCGUGUUUCUACCACCGUUGCCUUUUGUGUUAGUUUUGUCCCCUUGACUAUCCUGGGCUCAGUUAACUUCUAAAAAUUAGUCGUUAGUUUCCCUUUGGCUCGGAUUCGUAAUAACAAAAGAGAUAAACAUCCAACGGAGGACAGGAUCGAAUAAGAAGCACCCAAAAGCUGUGCUUGAUUUUACACACAAACAUAUUUCAGUGCCAAAUGCCAUGUCUGCUGCAAGCCGGAUGCAAUUUCGAUGCGUUUGGUAAAGUCCAACUUUGCCUUUACUAUCGGAAAAACAAAUAACUGCCAUCACCGACGGACUGGAACUGUACGAAAUUGUGCUCCUUUAUUAGGAUUAGUUUAUGUUGUUGAUGGUCAGAAAGUUUGAGGUUACUUUACUCCUUUUCCCCGUUGCUCUUCUGUAGCACGCAUCGCGGGAAUUGCCGUGUCAAAUGUAUGUUCGUUUACAUUUUUAUUGAUAAAUCGCUAUCGAUUAUGAUGCGAAGGAACUGAGUAGUGCAGUCCCAGUGAAGAUUGCGAAACGCAAUGGUUUUAGUGUAGGGAAGCUACGAAAGCAAUGGGCGCACCGAAAACAAAAACACUAACAGAGCUCGAGUGUACGCCAUUGCACAACACAAACAAUGAUUCAUAUUUUUAAAACACACCUAUAUCAACCAGUGGCAUGGAAGAGGAACUAGGAUUUCACUAACUUGUUACGAAUUCGGGAGCGUGUCCUCACGCUCGAAACGAUAUCACGAUAUUGAAAGACUUACACUUAUAUCUAGCUGUUGCUAGAGGCCAUCGCCCCAAACCGUAGUCAAAUGGAGAAUUACUACUAUAUACAAAACGUGAAACCUUUUGCCGGGUGUAGAACAAUAAUGUAAAAUCUAGGACAAAACAUCGUUCACUGGCUCGACCGAGCAAGUGUUCCCAUUUUAACGGUACGGGAACCGGUUUAGUGCAGCUAUUUAAACGAAAUCAAAUGGUAUCGCUAGCGAAACGGUAGCAAAGAUGCAUCACACAGUAAACUAAAUGCAAAGCAAAUUAUUAUGAGCAUUACAUUAGCAUAACCAAGAGUCUAUUGUCUAUUAACCAAAACAAUAACGAAACGUUAAUCACUAGCUUUAAAUGUGCUUCGACAACAGUGUUAGGCAUUAAGUGCAAUCGUGCCGUUUAACAGGAAUAACAAGAUUUGUGUAACAUUAUCGAUUUGUCGGCAGGCUUCAGUCAUUAUACUGUGUUUACGAAACAGGAAUAUUCUAGCCGUUUACAUUGCAAAUGGUUUCUAUAUUAUCUAGAAAGACGGGUAACGACGCUUAUCAGUGUGUUCUCCG